AUGACUGAAGUUACUAUGAAGAAUCAGCCGUCAAAGACACACUGGUGGUGGCUUGAUGAGCACACCGCCGUUAGAAGAUCACCAUGGCUUCAAUCUACACUCACUGAGCUGAAUGAGAAGACAAAGGCAAUGUUAAAGUUAAUUGAAGAAGAUGCGGAUUCGUUUGCUCAACGAGCUGAGAUGUUUUACAAGAAGAGACCGGAGCUUGUGAGCAUGGUUGAAGAUUUCUACAAGAUUCACCGUUUGUUAGCUGAGCGGUAUGAUCAAGUUCGGCCUGAAGCUGGAACUCGCCUGCUUCCUCCUUCUGCUUGCUUGAAGCAUUCUCAAUCAGAGAAGUUGAUGAGUUUUGAUUAUCGUGGUUAUGAUAGCUAUUCUGAGAAUUGUGAUGUGGAGGAAUCUGUGGAAUCGGAAAUUGAUGAUCCUGAGCAUGAAGGGGAAGUUCGGUUUGCGGCUCCAAAUGAAGUGAUGAAGUUGUUGAAAGACAUUGAAAGAGUUGGUGAAGUGAAGAAGAUUGAUAAGGAUCAAAUCAAGCAGAAAGAUGAGAUUCUUGAUGAAGUAAUGAUGUUGAGGGAACAAAUCGAACGAAUCAGAAAAGAAAAUGAAGCACAUAAAGAUGAACUCGCGCAGAAAGAUAUUGUUUUUAACGAUGUAGUAUUGAAUUUGAGGGAAGAAAUAGAGAAACUCAAGAAAGAUAACAAAACGAAGAAUGAAGUUCAUCAGAAAUAUGCCAUUCGCGGCGAAGUAAUGAAGUUGAGGGAAGAAAUAGAGCGGCUUAGAAAAGAGAAUGAAGCUCAAAAGGAAGAACUCAAGAAGAAAGAUACCUAUAAGAAUGGAGUAAUGAAGUUGAGGGAAGAAAUAGAGCGACUCAGAAAAGAGAAUGAAGCUCAAAAGGAAGAACUCAAGAAGAAAGAUAGCAUUUGCAAUGAAGUAAUGAAAUUGAGGAAAGAAUUAGAAAGACACAAGGAAGAGAAUAAAGCUCAAAACAAUGAACUCAAGCAUAAAGACACCAUUCACGAUGAAAUAACGAUGUUGAAGGAAGAGAGGGAAAGUCUUAGAGAACAGAAUAAGACACAGAAGGCCGAUCUCAAGCGAAAAGACAAAGAGAAGAUAGAGGUGAUAAGACAACUGAGUUCAACAAUAGAUUUGCUGAAGCAAGAGACCGUGAAGAUGAAAAGCUUCAUCGCUAAGGAAUCUGCCAAGAAAUGGAAGACACCAUUCGAGUUCAAUAAACUAGUCGAAACAUUCUCAGGCAAGUUGUUUAAGGGAGGUCCUAGAAGGAAUAAGCCAAGUGUUGUAGCUCUCUAG